AUUACACUUUGUAAAAAAACAAACAAACAAAACCCAUAAAACAAGAAACCCAACCAAAAUUAAAAACAACCCACCCACCCCAAAACCCCACCAAAUAAUAAUCUAUGAGGCUGUUCGCUGUUCAUCGUUAAAUUCCAUUCCACUCCAUAUUUCAGUACCAGCCCAAUGUCGAGAAUCCGGAAGUAAGAGAAAGGUGCCAGUAAUGGGGUCAGUUGGAGAUGAAAAAAUAUUAUUUCGAGGAUCUUUAAUUCAGUGUUGUAAUGGUUUUCCAAGGAAAAAACUAAGAGAUGUUUCAGUUAUACUAAGGGAAACUUCUGUUGAACCAAAAGAGUAUAAGCUGAAACUGGAACACCAUGCAUCGGUGACUUUCUCUGCUGAGGAUCUUUAUUUUUAUGAAAAAGAUGAAAUUGAGAUGAGAAGAGGACGGAGAUAUUUGGUCUGCUGGAGAGCAAAUGGAACUACUUUGAAGCACAGGCGAUACAUGGCUGUGACUCUCGUCAUUAAGAAACAAUACAAAGUCCAUUGCUUCACUUUCUGUGGUUCACCAAUAGACAAAAAUGGAUCUAUUGGAGCACUGUGGAAUAUUCUUAGGGAAACCUUUGGAGAAAUAGAGAGUUGGUUUGUAAAAUUACCAGAGAAUCAGAAUAAAAAUCUGCGAUUAGCUGUUUCUAAGAAAAACUUUUGUUUGUUGGACUCAACAUAUGAAAUCUACCAAGACUUUCAGUUCAAGACAGUGAAGUGUGAUGUAUCAUUCAACAGUGGUACAGAUACGUUGGAGUUGAAAGUAUAUACUGAUGUCGGAGAGGACCAUCCAGACUUUAUGGAAAAUCUUACAAUGCACUUGAGGGCAUCCAAAACAUUUGCAGAACCUAUCCAAAAAUUGCUGAUCAUAAGGACACAAGAUUUUGUGAAAAAUGGUCCUAACCCUGGAGUACACAAGUGGCUCGACGAGAGUUUUAAAGUCCAAGGCAGUUAUUCAGAUCCCAUGGAAAGUUCAGACAGUGCUUUAGUGAUCUCUGGAUUUAGUUCAGACAGUCUUUUAGUGAAUCCUGAAAAUUCAGACACUCUUAUACACGUAGUGAACUCAGAAAGUUCAGACAGUUCUUUGCCUCCUCCAUCCCCUUGUCUUGAGAACUCUGACAUAUUUGUCGGACUACCACCGCCAACACCACAUAAUUUAAGACUAUCUGUACUAAAAUACAAAUUUCAUGCAGAGGAUUUUGAGAAGCCCCCUAGAUUGCAGAGUAAAUCAGUUCUCUUCCGCUCAGAAAGCACAGCAUGCAUUACAGAAUGUGAUCAGUACAAGAAACGGAAUUAUCGGAAUGUUUUCUAUGAAAACAUAUUUCAAUAUGAUGACAGUACUUAUACCUAUAGAGUUUAUAUAAAUGAGCCAUACUUAAAACCAUACCAUCCAAGAAUGAAGGUACGGAUAGAUCGUUGGAAUCGACUGAGCGAUGAGCUUCAGGAAGUUGACCACGAGGCAGUAAGGAGACAUGGGAUGUGGUUUGAUAACCAAUACAGAAACAGAUCAACUGACGAUUCCUACAAAAAGAUAUAUAAUUUGCCUCUCAAUAUUGAACCCCAGAAGGUGUACGAUGAGCCUCGCCCGACAGGAAGAUGUCGCUCCAGCUCUAGUUUUGUUGAUGAUCAUCUUCAUCAUGAGGAUCAAAGUAGAGACUACUGGAAUUCAGAUCUAUGCCUCACAAUUCAAAGAGUGAUGGAGGGACGUAUGCCAAAGAUGUGGGAGAUUUUAAGUAUAACACACAGUCAAUACUUGGAAUUGUCAAUGAAAUUAGAUCUGACGAGUACUGCACUGAGGGCAAGAGAUUGGACAGAGUUUGCAGAAUGGAUUGGGAUCAAGUCAAGUAACGACAUAGAGGUAAUUCAACACUUCUGUUACACAAGAAAAAUGGUAAUCAUGGAGGUUGUGUUCUGUCACUGGUAUUUUCAAAACCUACAAGGACGAUGCGUUCCCAAGUGUAACUAUGACAUGCUAAUGUGUGUUCUAAGAAGUAUGGAGAGAUACGACUUAAUUCAUGUGAUUCAAAGGAACAAUGCAAAUGUGGGUGAAGGAGAAGAAUCAGAUGAGGACAAUACGCAUUUUUAAAAUAACUACUAUUCAGUGUGUGUGUGUGUGUGGUUUGGUAGUAUCAGAAAACAUUAAAGUGAAUUCAAUGUACACAAAAGGCAUCUAGAAUUUAAAAAAAUCAGGCAUUAUUGGACUUUGAAGCAUUUUAUGGCAGUGUUGUUGGGUACUAGUAUACCAGAGGCCACAUGCACACGCCACAUACCCACAACUCUCCACUAAGUAUGCUCCAGUCCUGUGCUCCAGACCAGACAGUACCAAUAUUUAAAUACAUGUAUCACGGUCCUCUUCACCAGAUGAAUCGGACUCUUAUUGUUUCUGUGUGUUGGGAUUUUAGAAUACUCCUUCUUUCAUUUUACUAGCUCUGCCAGUUAAUUUCUUGUUAUCAAAGUUUCUUUUUGUUGCUUAAAGCUUUGUGUUUAUCAAGACAUCUGAAGUACGGAAUCUCGAAUCUUUCGGACAAUGCCAUCCGAAAUACUGAGAAAUCUAACAAUGAAUAAACAGGACUGUAAUAGGAAAAACAUGCUAAAGCAAUACAAAGAUAAAGGAAAUCUACAUUUGAUAUUUACUUUUAUCAUUUAAGAAAGAAUUGGGGAAAAAACCCACACAACAGGAACUAUGUAUGUGAAAAAUAUGGCAUAUAUGCACUCCAGCGAAAAUUGUAGUUUAUAUUAUACAUUGACAGUGUAAAACAGUUAUUUUUAAUACGGGUAUUCUUUUAAGUUUUGAAAUGAGUUUUUAUUUAUAAAAGAGCAAAGCAUAGACUAAAGAGAUGCACAGUUACAAAUCUGCAUAGCAGACUUAAGAAAAGAAAUGACAAUAAUUUGAAAAUCAUGCAUGUAUCAAAACCACAGGCACUUUAUAUAUACCUUGGAGGCUUAAUUACUACUCUUAUAUAUAGUAAUUAGGCCUCAAAGUGAUUUAAGUGCCUGAGAUCAAAACCAGGGGUGAAACUCACUAUAGAUAUUCACUGUGUAAGGAUCUCUGAGGGUAACAUCUAUAGAUUGAAAAACAAAUCAAAUGAGUUAGAGAAAUAUGUACUAAUGAUAAAACUCGGAUAAUAAAGGAAUGAAAACAGAUCAACAUCUUCUUACCGAAGCAAACAAGAGGAUAUAUGUAUAAUAACGAUUGUGACUGUGAUAGUACCACAAUAAUCGGCUUAAUUCAAUUUAUUUAGUAUUCAUUCUAUCUUAUAAAUAUGUUGAUGUUUUGUGUUAAACUUUUGCGUUUGUACAGUUUUCUGUCGGAUCCAGUCUGAAAUGUAUGUGUAAUACUCAUGUAUUUCGUGUUAUCCAUCCGCUGUUGCUUAUGACAAUAUGUCUGCUUAUCUCUAUGGUAAUGGUGAACAUACAGUUCAAACAAUUAUAGCUGUUGUCAAUGUUAACAAUUCUUUGCAUUUAUUUUUGUUGAUAUUCUGUUGAUAUGUGGGUGUUUCACGAUGAAACCAAACAAUAAAAUUUAUUCAAAUAGUGUCAA